UAGAAAGAUGAAUGUGCAGUAGCUUCGGCGUCAGAGUUUGGCUUGUUUCUGACAAAAAAUUGCUUCUCUUUAUCUCUCUUUCUCUCUCUCUCUCCGAAGCACUUAUAAAUUAGAAAGGCAACAGCUCCUUCUGGCUUUUACGAGGGACGCUCCCAGCAACAUUACUCUGCAUAUUUUUUCGCCUUCUCCCUGUAAACAAAAACCAAUCAAGAAGGCAAAACAAACGCACGGGCUUUUUCUUUCUCUGAAACCUCACCAUCUUUUCAUUUCCUUUUGUCUGCUUGUAGCUUGUAACUUUUUGAAAUUUCCAUUGCUCAGGCGGUUUCAGCAAUAAGAACAGAUAUGAGAAAAAUCUCCAAGCCUUCGUGGCCUAAAGUAGUCGUGAGAAAAUGGCUGAAUAUAUCGAGUGGAGCAGACGAGUUUUACUCCGAUUACGCAUUAAACGAGAAGACUGAUGAAAGAAGAAAGAGCUGUUCUGACGAGGAUUACUUCGUCAUCGUACCGGAAGAUUUCUCAGAAGGCUGGAUGAUGGAGGGUGCCGGCGGAAUCAAACCGUCGAAAAUCAAGCCGGUGGUACCACCUGUCACCGAUUUGCUCAACCUCAGGAUGUUUGUAGGGACAUGGAAUGUCGGAGGGAAGUCGCCACAUGAGGGUUUGAACUUGAGAGAAUGGCUAAGGUCACCUGCUCCUGCCGACAUCUAUGUUCUUGGGUUCCAGGAAAUUGUUCCCCUAAAUGCUGGCAACGUGCUUGGCGCUGAGGACAGUGGACCAGCGGCCAAGUGGCUUUCCCUUGUUCGACAAGCCUUGAAUACCAGCAGAGUUGACCAAGAACUUGCUCAAUGUUACAGCAAUGUCACUGAAGCAAGGAGUCCAUCCUCCCCGCAGCUUGAGCAGCAAGCAGGCCUGAAGCAUAGGAUCAGCUUUUCUGAUUUACUAUCAAUGGAAGAUGAACUUGGCAAAGAGGAUUUUGAAAGAUUGCUAAACUUGAGUUUGAAUUCUAGCGAAGAAGGCUCUCCUAGCCCCACUUGCAUGUCUGGCAGUCCAACACGGCAACGUUUCUGCCUAGCUGCAAGCAAGCAAAUGGUAGGGCUUUUCUUAUGCGUGUGGGUUCGGGCUGAUCUUUACAAGCAUAUUAGCAGCCUGAAAGUCUCAUGUGUUGGCCGUGGCAUAAUGGGAUAUCUUGGAAACAAGGGAUCAAUAUCCAUUAGCAUGACGUUGCACCAAACGACAUUUUGCUUUGUUUGUAGCCACUUGACCUCCGGGGAGAAAGAAGGGGAUGAGAUCAGAAGAAAUUCUGAUGUUGCAGAAAUAUUGAAGAGAACAAGGUUUUCUCAUUCAUUUAGAGAUCUCAGACAGCCACUUCCUCCGCAGAGCAUUUUAGAUCACGACAAAAUUAUUUGGUUAGGAGAUUUGAACUAUCGGCUUGCUGUGGGUUGUGCUGAUACACAUGAAUUACUGAAGAAGAAUGACUGGCAAGCACUUCUAGAAAGGGAUCAGCUAAGGAUAGAACAAAGGGCUGGUCGGGUGUUUAAAGGAUGGGAAGAAGGCAGGAUUUAUUUUGCUCCAACUUACAAGUAUCUCACCAAUUCUGACGAAUAUGUAGUACAAACAUCUAAAUCAAAAGGAAAACGGCGAAAUCCUGCCUGGUGUGAUAGGAUCCUGUGGAAAGGUGAAGGAAUUAAGCAGGUGUGGUACUCAAGGGGCGAGUCUAGGUUCUCGGAUCACAGACCAGUUUAUUCCCUCUUCUCAGUACAAGUCAAUUUAGAAAACAAGCUCAUCUCCGCCACUAGAUCAUGCCCACCAAGAUUUUCAGCAAAAUCUACUUUGUCAUCAGCUUGUGUGGCCAAGGUCCAAGCUGAGGAACUGUUGCUAAUUUCCAGGGCACAAAGCUGCAUAAAUGCAACUUCCAGGUUUUGAUACCUCAAAAAAAUGGCCUACCAAUAGUGAAGUUACAGCUGGAAUUGUUUGACAGACUGAGUACUGAUGCAAAAACCGAUAAGCAUUCCCUGACACCUGUGUUGCCCCGGCCUUUUUUAACGGGUUGAGACAGCGUGCUGGGGAGUGAUGAUGUUCAUGAUGGAUGGUAUGGCAUGCUACUUAAAAUUGCAUGUGGAUUUUGUUGUGCGUGCCUGAUUUGACAAACCGGUGAUCUCAAGGGAUUCGGUAGAUAUGUUAAGAGCAAGAAGCAGUGAAUGAUUAGAUGUGGUUAGCAGUGAAGCAGGCCACUUCAGAAUCAAAAUUAAAGGAGGGGUGGCUGGAACUGGAUCAUUGGGACUUCCAAGUUCUUGUUUAACUGGAUGAGAGAAUGCAUUUUCAGCUUCUUCUUUUUUUUUUUUACAGAAGUGUCCAUUUUUUUUUUAUUUUUUGAUAAUUUUGAUGCUGAUGAGAUAGCUUUGAUUAAAGUGAAAAAUGUAAAUAGAAAGAAAAAUGGCUUUGCGGAGGAGACAGUUCGCAGAAGAACUCUCUUUAGAAAGCGCAAUGUUAUUGAACAUCGGUGAAUUAAGAAUAAUAACACUAGGAAGGUUUCAGUUUUGUCUGCAAUUUAAGUGGCAAUUCGCAUGUUCCAUUGAUUGUUCUGACGCAUUCCUCUUUAGGCCUAAGUCCAGCGGUCACUGUCUACGAUUAAAUUGGUUCAAUAAAACUUUUUAUUGGUCGCUCUCAAGUCUUAACUUGUUUCAGAUGACAAUGCCCAAUUCUAUCCAGGGAUAUUUUAUUCUUAUCUGGCUCUAGGUGUAAAAUUUUUAGAGCCAAACAAUAAUGUUUCCGUUCCAGCAGACGGAUCAUGAGUCGUGAACAAGGGAGAUCCAUAGAACCAGGACAAUAUUUGCUCAAAUCCAGCCAUAGAUUGGAGAGAGUAAAUGGUAAAUACAGCCAAAAACAAGAUUUGAUCUUCCCUCAAAUCCAAGCAAAUAUUUGAUGCAUUAUGAGCUCAUAGAGAGGCAAAAUGAAUAAAGAGCCAACGUUGGAGGGUUAGGCUUGAAGAAUAGAUGGGAUCAGUUUUUUUUUUUAAGGCAAGGGUCCAACAGGAAGCUUGCUAUCUGGGCCCUUUUGGGUCGCCCAUCAGUCGUAUUAGACUACGGGCCUGCCUAACAUUCUUUCAUGGGCUCUGCUUGAGUUUAAUUGGGCCUUCCAAAUAAAAUUUUUGGCACUUCUUGUCUCAGCUGAUGGCAUUAGA